UCGUUAAAUAUUUAUUAUUACCAGUUCGUAAACAUAGAGAGCGGAGGGACCGUUGUCUAUUGUCGCGUUGUGCAGUCGUGUUAGUGUGUUAUUACAGUACUUGUUGCCGUGGUUGCCGGUUGCCCUAGUGCGGUUUAUCCAUGACGAUAAUAAUUCUAACAUCCGAGUAUCUUUGGUUCCGGAGUCGUGUUCAUUAAUAGGCCAAAUUUUAUCAUUAGACGUUCAUUUUGACAUUCGCAUUGAUCCGGUAUACAUUAGUCUUUACCUGAUUUCUUCUAUUUUUGAUAAUAAUUCAAACUUAUUUUACACUUUGGACACGCAUAAUUCAUAUUCUGCACGAUGGAAUUGUUACAUUUGGCACCGGAAACAUUAAAUUUUCAUUGUCCAUUUAAUGCGUCACAUACAAUGCCGCAAAAGACAUUAACUAAGCAUAUAACAAAGUGCCCGGAUAAACCACCCCAUUUUAAGCAUUGUAUUUACAAUUUAGCACAUGCAAUGCCUGAAUCGGAAUUGAAGGAUCAUGAAGAAAAUUGCCCAAAUAGAAUAUUAAUUGAUGUAGCUGUUUAUCAAUCAGAAGAUAUGAUACGUCCAAAUCCUAACGUAGAAAAUUUACCAUCAAUCAAGUACGAAGAAUCUUGGGAUGGUUUGGAACAAACCUCUGAAAUAAUGAGGACCAUCAAAACAAAAACAGCAUCGAUGAAAGCAACUCAUGGCAUGACAAAAUCAGAACGUAAACAACAUCGCAUCAAUUUACAUGAAAAUGAUAUUUAUAACGUUAACAACAAAGGAUUAAACGAUGAGAAGAAACAGAAUAAGAAUCUGGAAACAAAACCAUUAUUCAUUGGAAAGAGACCCAACACAUAAAAUUCCUAAGCAAUAAAUUUAAAAUGUUUAAAUACACUAAAAGUUCCCAUUUAUUUGACUGAAUUAAAAUCUUAUAUAACAACA